AUGUUUUCUCACAAGGCUUUAAACAAAAUAUGUCUUGAAGGUGAAGAAGUAUUUCUAUUGUCUGAAUAUGAACCUAAAAGAAACCUGGAGCUCAAAAUUUUAGAUAUCCAACAUAAUAAAUCCUACACUGGCCAAGCGUCUGAUUUAGUUUUGAGAACUCAAGCGGCAAGUAUAGGUCUAAGUUUUAGUGAUUUUAUGGAGCAAUCAAAGCAAGCUCUUUUUCAAGAACCUUCAAAUGAAUGUACUUUUAAUUACUCUUUGCAAAAAGACAGUGUUAACUACAAAUUUAAGUGGGCAAGUGUUGACCAAGAAGAAACUACUAUUAUUCUUGGCUGUAUAGAAAUGAUGGAACAGGAAUAUGUAUCUGUAUUCGACAAUGUAUUAAUUUCCCUUGCUAAAGAAAUUCUUAAUUUAAAUUCUAAAGUUAAAUCUCUUACUGCUGAAUUGGUUGAAUGCAAAAGUCAAACUGAUAAGGCAAUUCAUCAGUUGUCUGAAGCUGUUGAUAUUAAAGAAAACUUAGAGAAAGAAUUGUUUUCGAAAUUUGUGCUUGUCUUGAAUGAAAAAAAGAAGAAAAUAAAAGAUAUCAAAAGUGGUAAAUUACCUGGAUCAUCAAAAACUUCAACUAACAAAAAGCUAAAUUCUAAAAAACCUAGAAUACCUUCAGUAAGUGAAUCCUCAGAAGAAAAUGCAAACGAAUUUCUUAAUUUAAAUGAGCCUGGUCCUUCAACAGCAAUGAAUAGAAGUUCCCUUCCUUUUCUCGAUGAUGAAGAAGAUUCUGUUGUGCCUGUUAAGCCGAGCAAAAAGAGGAGUAGGAAUACUGUAAAUAAAACUAAAUCUUUUCCUGAUGCAAUCAUGCCAGCUAACGUUGAAUCAACACUUAGUCAAGUUAUGGAUGAUGAUAGUGAUGAUCUUUUAGGAAAUUUGUAG